UUUUCCGUUUUGUUGAUAUUAUAAUUCGAUAAUGCAAGAGACGCGGUCGCUGCAAAGUUGUUUACUGAUUUGUAAAGUCGAUAAGCUUCUGUAGUUUAAAAUAUAUAAGUACGUAUAACACAUUCCUUAUGUUCACUGCGUACGUCAAGUUGAUAGAAGUGGGGGUAGCAAAAACGAUGGAUACUAUGAACGAAGAGUAGCUUGUACUUAGUUAUUCAAUUUAAAGAAUGUAAAGAAACAUUUCGAAAAGAAUCAAUACUAACAUACAUACCUUAUCCUUGAAUGGUGUUGACAAACGAUGUAAAACAUGUUUCUUCAGCAUAUAUUGUCACUGAUAUAUUGGUAUUUUAGACCGUUUAUAAAAUGGUUUUUAAGACAAACGACACAAAUGUGUGAACUUCAAAGAAUUUGUUAUGGACAACCUUCUGGAGCUCCUAGAACACUUGCAAUCGAGGAAUCUCUACAGCAAUCAAAAAAUGCUAAUAUCAAGACUUUGAUAAUUUAUUUAAAUGAUAUUGCAAAUCAUCGUGGUAUAACCAUUAAAAGUGAACGUAAAAUCCUAGAAGAGGCAAUUAGAACAGUAUUGGUGGCUAAGAAUGUAAAUCCCACAGCCCAUCCUGAUUUUGCCAAAUCAUUUGGCAAGUGCAUAGAAUUAAUUUGGGGUUACCGUCAACUAUGUGUUGAAUGUGAAGAACUUAGGAAAACACCCUAUGAUGCUGAUAAUCCAGAACACGAACUAUUGUUAUUGAAAUUAUGGAAUUUACUUAUGCCUUAUGAUCCUUUGGAUGCUAGAGUAACAAAACAAUGGCAGAAUAUUGGCUUUCAGGGAGAUGAUCCAAAAACAGAUUUUCGUGGAAUGGGAAUAUUGGGAUUAGAAAAUCUUGUUUAUUUUGCUCAAGAAUAUCCUAGUGCAGCAACUCAUGUUUUAUCUCAUUCUACCCAUCCACAUUAUGGUUAUGCAUUUGCUAUUGUAGGUAUAAACCUUACCAGUAUGGCAUUAAAAUUAUUGAAAGAUGGUACUGCUAAGACACAUAUCUAUAAUUCAUCAAAGACUCUGCCAACUAUCCGUGCUUUUCAUCAGUUUUAUUGUUAUCUUUUUUAUGAGUUUGAUGGAUUUUGGAUCGAAUCUAAACCGAGUAAUAUGAUGGAAUUUUCCUCUAUACAAGAAAAAUUUGAAAACAGCAUUAGAAUGGCAUUAUCCAAUUCAUCAACCACAUUUAGGAUAAAUGUAUCAGUUGAUAAUAUUUAGUACAAAUCUCAAAAACUAUGCUUCAUGUUCAUAGAUAUCUUAAAGAUAAUUAUAUUAUCAAUGGUAGUGUGCACGGACCAUUCCUUAUCGUUAUAUACAAAACAAUACAUUCAAACAUUUGAUAGUUAAGAUUACAUUGACCUGUUCAUGGUUGUUACUAUAACUCAUUUUAAGGAAGAGAAUGAUUUUGCAAAAUAUAAUGUACAAAUACUUCAAUACAAUCUGUAAUUGAAAAUUUUUAAGAAUUUAACUAAUUUUUAAACUAAUUUUAACACUUUUAAAUUAAUUGGUAAUUUAAAAUACUGAUAUUAAUAUUUUUGACUAUAAUUAAUUAAUAUACACAAGAAAAUAUGUGUAUAGGAAUAUUUAUUGAGAAAAUGUAGAAAAAAACAUAAUAAUAGAUCAAACAUGUUCUGUCUUCAUGAUAGUGAGGCAAGCAUUAAGCAUAACAGAUUAUGGCUAUAGAAAAACUUAAAAAAUCAUGUUUAUUAAAAAUGUUUAAUAUGCAUUAUAUAUUGUGGGUAAUUUUAGGAUAUCAUUUAAAUAUUAUUGUAUAUUCUUUCUCCUAUUAUUACCAUACACGUAUACCAUAAUUAUCAUUUAUACUAUGUAGACACUUUUUUAUAUGUAGUAUAUAUACAAUCUAUUAUAUUUUAUUUUAAAAGAGGUUACUAUCUCAACACUUUCAUUAUUUCUAUUAUGUAAUAAACU